UGCAGCAGUCCCAGGAACAGCCGACACCAGCUGCUUCAACCAUGGCAUGGCGCAGCCCAGGGGCUGGGGUGAGUGAAGACAAGAGAGACGUAAAUAACUGGUAACUGGGCACAUCUACACAAGAAUUUUACUGUGGAGCUGCCUAAUUAGCUCUGCAGUAAAUGUCACCUGCAGUAAAUAUUGUCUGUAUAUGUGCUUCUGUUAGGGUGCACAAAACUUACAAGCUCUGGAGCAGGCUAGUACUUGUAAAUUCUGGGUGCAUCUACACAAGACGCUUUACUGCACGCUAGACUAAUCUAAUGCACAGUGAAACGUCACCGUCUAUAUGUCCAUGGCAUUUACUAUGCAUUAAUCUAAUUAGUACUGCGCUGGUACCAACACAUACAGGUGCUAGACAAAUGGCACAUAAACUAAUACUCAGUAGCACAUGUGUAAAAGCUGAUGUCAGGAUGUCAGGCACAAACUGCACCCAGUCAGCAGCACAAGCAGGAGGCCAGCCUCCUUCUUGGGGCAGAGCCACAUAGCUGGCAGUUUCUCCAGCUGUCCCAAGCUAGCUCCCGGACCCCUGGCCUUAUCCCUGGGGCCCGUGCCAGCUGCUGCUUGCUCUUGGGCACUGUGCCCAACCAGUGUGGGCAUGUGCAGGCCAUAGCAGCCUUGCAGCCCCCAUCUCUGCUCCCUGGGGCUUGUGCCAGCAGCUGUCUGGCGUGUAGCCUCCAUGACUUGCCAGCAUGGGUAUGUGCUAGGCCCUGCAGCCUUGCAUACUCUGGUUCUGCCUCCCAGGACACCACAUAGGCAGAGUCUGUCUCCUGGGCACCAUGCCCCACCCCACAUGAUGCCGGCACCCAGAGCCCCAGCCUGAUCCCCCAAGGCCCCUGGCAGCAGCUGCCAUGGCAGCCUCCCCAACACUAAACACAGUGCCCUGGGGCCCCAACUGGAUGGAGCAGGAGUCCAUGGACUUCGUUGCAGUCUGGUGAUGCAGAGGUCCAGCAGCAGCAUAUCUGGGCCACAAAGGCAAAUGCACACAUCUGUGUACCAUAAGGGCUGUAACAGAGUGCUAUUAAAACCUGUUAUUUGAGUAAAUGAAAAAGAGAAGUCUACGCUGAAAGCGGAGCCGUGGGGGCAGAAGAAUGACGUCAUCGAGUGUCUCGCCAGAUGACCAAACACACCUGCAAACAGCUAGAGGUUUCUCCCAACGGGUGAAUGAGAAAUGUGAUAAAAACAGACCCCUGGAAGGGAAAGUGCGAGUGAGAGAUUCGCUGUGAGAGCGAGAAACUCCCUGUGCGGAGCCACAGAGCGAGGAGAGCAUCACCAGAGCAAGCAGGGGACCUGUGGUGGAGGUGGGUGCUUGCCUGUAUACUCACCGGAAUGGAUGGUCGUGACUCUGAGGAGUUGGAAGACAGGAUGCAGCAGCUCUGUGGAGAGGAGAGAACAGUUAACAGGUGAGUUUUGGCUGAGAGCCACUCAUCACCAGAUAUAAAGACUGUUAUAGACUGUAUCAAGAACGUGCUUUCAUGCAAUUAUCUGUGGUUACAAAUUUACUAUAAGUGAAAGAAGAUUGAUGUACAUCAGGGUCGAGGCACUACAAAGACAGCAAUUUAACUUCAUUUGUGGUUAAUCUGUAUUUUUAUCUCCCAUCAAAGGCGUGGCAGGAAAGUGCCCGAAUGAAAUGGGAGUUUACUAUAAUCUCCUGUAACAAGGGCCAUGUCAGACCUCAUGCGGGAGUGUGGCCGCCAGUGCCGUGUGACGAUCAAGGACCUGUGGGCCCAGUGGGUCCAAGUGAUGAACCACAAUUAUCAGUCUCAGGCUGCCUGCAGGUCCAUGCCCUUCAUAUGGCAACUAGACAAGAACUUGAGGGACCCUGGCAAGCCCUGCCUGCUGGUGCCUGCAUCAUGGCUCAGCAAGGAGGAGGACUCACUGUGGGAGGACCCCUUGGGGCACCAGCACCAGGUCCUGGCGUGAUCCGUGGCCACGGCAUCACCUGGCAACCCAGGCCACCAGUUGCCCUGCCAACUACAGCAGCACACCCCAAGCCAGGAGGACAGGCCCCAGCAGUGAGCAGCUCCAGCUCCACCCCAGAGAGAGCCAUUGCUCGGGCAACCAGGUACCAUGCCUCUGUGCCCCAGGACACUGCAGGCGGCUGGACCAUGUCACUGCAGCCAGGGACUGAGUCCAACCGCUGGGAUUUCCUGCCACACCUGUCUGGUCCAGCAGCUGCUUGCAGGGGAGAACCACCACCCACUGGUGAAGAUGCAGCUGUAAAGAUGCUGCCAUCAUCGGCCGGUACCCUCUGCACACUCUACCUCUGCCAGUGCUGGACCCAGGACCAGACCCUGCUGCUGGAUUGUCUGGUCACAGCAGUGGCUCAUGUGCUCGUCCUAGGACAGAGUCCAGAACCCAGAGCCUUCAAGAUGAAUUCUACAGAAAUUAUUUCACUCACUGUUACCCCAUUAGGUGUUAUUCCAGACUUCAAAAAUGCCACCCUUGUGCCUUUCAAUGAAACUGCAUGUGAAAACUGGAAAGAGAUUCAUCAUCUGGUUUUUCAUGUGGCAAAUACUUGUUUUGCAGCUGGAUUGGUUAUUCCAACUACUUUAAAUUUUCAUAUGAUUUUCCUGCGUAGUUUGCUAACUAUAGGAUGUGUAAUGUUUAUUAUCUGGGCUACGUUCUUCCGUUGUGCUGUGGACAUAAUGAUCUGGAAUACAGUAUUCCUGGUGAUCAACUUUUUGCAUUUUAUAUACUUGGUGUACAAGAGAAGGCCGAUCAAAAUUGAAAAAGAGCUCAGUAGUCUUUAUAAGAGAAUGUUUGAACCCCUCCAUGUGCCUCCAGAACUGUUUAAGAGAUUAACUGGACAGUUCUGCAACAUUCAGACUUUAAAAACAGGUCAAGCAUAUGCUGCAGAAGAUAAAACCUCUGUUGAUGAUCGACUAAGUAUUCUGUUAAAGGGGAAAAUGAAGGUCUCUUAUCGAGGGCAUUUCCUGCAUAAUAUUUACCCCUGUGCCUUUAUAGAUUCUCCUGAAUUUCGAUCAACUCAGAUGAACCGGGGUGAGAAAUUCCAGGUCACCAUUGUUGCUGAUGAUAACUGCAAGUUCCUGUGCUGGUCCAGAGAAAGGUUGACAUAUUUUUUGGAAGCUGAACCAUUUCUGUAUGAAAUAUUCAGAUACCUUAUUGGUAAAGACAUCACAAACAAACUCUACUCAUUAAAUGACCCAACAUUAAAUGAUAAGGAGAACACAAAACACCAGCAGACACCCUGUGCCUGAAGAAGCUUGUUUGUGCCUGAAAGUUGCAAAGAAUGAUUUUUUCCAACGAUUUAGUUGGUCUAAUAAAAUAUAUCACAUUUACCCAAAGAACCUUGUCUGCCUGUGUCUUAAACUUAGGCACCCAAAGUCCUUUCAGGUAACUAGUAAGACCAGUUCUCAUUUCAGCUACAACACGUCUGGGAGACCAGUCUUUGUGGAAUCCAACCAUUUAGUUUCUAGUGUAAAUUCAGACAUUCAUAUCUUGUUUGGCUUACAUUCCAUCUCCUUACAUGGUUUAUGGUGAUUUUUGUUUAUGUAGUCACUGCAGAGUUUCAAUAAACAAUUUACUUAAGUAGCAUUUGCCUUCUACUGCAUAAAUAUUCCAAUUAUUAGUAGGUUGAAUGACAGUGCUGGUUAGUCUUUUCAGAUCUGAUUUCAUGUUUUUAAUCCACUCUGAUUUAUUAGAUGAGAGAGUCCUUUUCAUCAGCUUUGUUCAUAAAAGAAAAUAUCUCCUAAAUGGGUCAUAUUACAAUUGCUGUGAUCAAAGUUGUGAACUUAAUGGGAAAUAGUCCACAAUGAAAACCAGCUACUGAUACUGUACAGUGGGUUUCCCUCUGCAAGUAUUAGCAGCAGUGGUUUUUCUGUAUUUUGGUUCCAUAUAGACUAGCAAGAAUAGUUUGAGGAAAAAUUUUGCAGCAUUUUGUAGCAAUAUAGCAGUGCCUAUACUGCUCCCUGCUGCAUCAGACCUAGCAAGAGCUACAAGAUUACACUCUUAGGUCCAGUUAUGCAAAGUAAUUUAGGGACCUAAUCCCUGUUGAUUUCAACAUACAUAUGUCUAUUAUGUUUACAAAAACAAUUUAAGUUAAAUGUUAGAAUUUUUUUUAAAUUCUCUUUUUCAAAAUUGGGUCUUAAAACACAAGCCCUUCUUAGGCAAGGUAAACCAAGACAUCAGUCAAAGAAUUUCCCUUCAUUUUGAUAGUUUACAUGUCACUCUGGAUGGGAUGCAUUGUCAAAUGUACAUUUUAUAAAUGUGUAUUAGCUCUUGAAAGUAUCUUCAUUACUAGUGGGGAAGUUGAUGAUACAUUAUCCAUUUUAUGAGAAACACUUAGUAAUUUGCAAACACUAAAAAUGUAAUAGAAGUGAGUCAUAAUUGCCAUUAAUUGCUCUCUUAUACACGCACCUAACACAUUAUUGAGAUAUACUGUAAUAUUUAAGAAUGUAAAAUGUAAAUAUAAAUAUUUAAGUCCAAAAUCACCUCAGCAGAAGCAAGUAGAAGAUCCUGAGAUCAAGAAAGAUUGGUGUUUAUGUGGUGCAUUUAAUCUGUAUUUAGGAAAAUAAGGGCCAGUUUGUAACAUUAGUUAAUCAUAAAAAUCACUUAUUUAAAUCAUGGUCUUUUGCUUACUGAUUUAAAUCACAAUUAUAAAUGUUGAUUUUAAAUCAUUUAUAUUUAAGUGUAUUGUGUAUGAAAGCCAUUGGCUCAGCACACCUCCAACUUUCAUAGCCAUACUUGAACCCAGUGAGUUUAGUAAGGAAGUAGGAGUUGCUUUAAUUUGUUUCUUAUUUUAAAAUGCACUUUGUAUAUGUUAAACUUUUUUCUUUCUUUUUAAUUCAGACAUCAAAGCAAAUGGAUCGGCAGCCAAGUCUUUGCUCUCAGCUCUCUGUGAUGCAGAUGAGAAACAGUAUGGCUA